UUUUGCAAGCGCCGUGUGACCUUGAUGAUUAUAGAUAAAAAAAAUAUAUAAAUUCAAGAGAUUUUCCUUUUUAUUCACUUAUUCAAAAACUGCAAUGUCUAGACAAGCAAAUCGAGGAAGUGAUCCACGAAAAGUUAAUGGUGAGCUGUUUACACUGACAUAUGGCGCCCUAGUUGCCCAGCUGCUGAGAGAUUAUGAGGAUGAUGAGGAGGUGAACAAACAGCUGGAAAAAAUGGGCUACAACAUUGGUGUUAGACUGAUAGAGGACUUCUUGGCAAGGUCAAAUACGGGUCGGUGCAAUGACUUCAGAGAAACUGCAGAUGUUAUAUCAAAGACUGCCUUCAAGAUGUACCUGGGCAUCACCCCAGUAGUCAGCAACUGGAGUCCAGCUGGUGAUGAGUUCUCCCUGCUCAUAGAGAAUAACCCCCUCAUAGACUUUGUCGAGCUUCCAGAUGGCCAUAAUGUACUCAACUAUUCCAAUCUGCUCUGUGGAGUUCUCAAGGGGGCUCUUGAAAUGGUACAGAUGGAUGUUGAUGUUCGAUUUGUACAGGAUCAACUGAAGGGUGACAACAUCACAGAGCUUCGACUGAAGUUUAUACGGAGGCUGGAGGAUGCUGUGCCUGUGGGGGAAGACUAGCUGGGGAUGUGGCAUCCAAUUUGGCUGUUGUGCUGACUAGGUGCAGGAAAACUUGUAUCAACAUGAACUUGUGCCACUACAUUGUUUCCCUGGAUUUUGAGAUGUUAUCCCAUAGAUAUUCUAUUGUUAAAAUGCUGAGUGUCAGCUAUAAUAUGUUGAGAUCAAUGGCAAUUUGUCAUAUUGAUCUUUAAGUGACUUUAACUAUACUUCAUGUUCUUAACUUUUUUUAAUCCUACUGUAGGCUAAUAUUAUUAACUAUUGUAUCACAAAUUGUCAGAUUAUCAAGAACUUAAGCUGAAUAUUUAUAUAUAUAUGUUGAUGGUCACAAAGCAAAUUUAAAGCUGUACUUGCAAAAUCAAACUUUGCCUAUACUGACAAUUAUAAUAACUAUACAGAAAUAUUCAUCUGAAAUAGUGAUCAUACAAUACAACCUUUAAUGGGAUGACCCCACUGUUUUUUUCUAUGUAACAUGUUUAAAUAUAUAUAUAUGAGAGCACUUCUCCAAAUAUUUACGACUGUGUAGUGAUAUAAAAAUCCUUGUUGAAACUGGAUCUUUGAUUAAAUAACUAUUAUACGUUUGCAUGGGACCAAGAAGUGUUUGUAUCUUGAAGGACUUUUUUCAGUGAUGUAUUUUAAGUCAAGUAAUUCCUUAUUGUAAUAAAUGUUAAUUUAACAGGGAAAAGGUCUCUGUUGGGAUGCAAAUCAUCAUGUAUUGCAUGUACAAGAAGUACUUGAGCUUUUUACUUGAACAACAUUGUUAUUGUUUCUUUCAUUGUACAAACUGUUGUUGUUAAUGCCUUCAUACUAUAAAGAUAAUACUAAUGACUUCCAAAGAUCUAUUUAACAAAAGAGAUAAAUACGGUAUGUAUGAUCGAGUCUAGCAUACAUGAAGUACUGGUAUACAUGUACAUGUUUAAGUACAUGGUUUUGAUGUAAAUUACUAAAAUGUGCUGAAAAUGCUCUUAUUUAAAAUCAUACUGUUCCUGGACAGUAAUAUAUUGAAUUUUGUAUUUGUGUGCAAUAUCUUGUAAUAAAGUAAUUCUAUCAGA